CAACAAAAAAUUUAAUUAUUUUUAAUGUAGAGUAAUUUGAAUUAUUUAUAUCGCAUCUGAGAAAAAUAUAAUGCGAUUUUUUUUUGAAGACUAUAAUAUAAAGUAGUCUAAAAUUGUUUCGAAAAUAAUCUCUUGGUCAAUUUUAUUGAUACAUUGGGAAACAACAAAUAACAUUAGUAAUCUAUUUCUGUUGAAAAUUAAUAUAAAAUAAAAUUAUUUAGAUUUUUACAAUGAUGUUAUUUUUCAAUUUCUCUGAUAUCUCACGUUGAAUAAAAAUUUGCAAAGUCUGCAUUACGUGAGAUAUCUCGAUUGCGCUAUUAAAAGUUAUACGCACGUCUAUAUUUAUCUAGAAUAAUUUAUACAACAUACGCAUUAUAUAUUUUUUUCUAUCUGCCUACGAUGCGGAAAUCGAUUUUCUUUAAAUGUAAUGAUUUUCCUCAUUCUCGGCUCAUCUUGUGAAACCCAAUAAGACAGAGUAUUAUCACUAAAGGUGGAGGGAGAGAAAGGGCCCAAUCUUAUUUGUUUCAUCAGACAGAAACGAUUAAUUGAGCCUGUUUUUUUUAAACGAGAGGGCAUACGAAGACACUCGACGGCGUAAAUGACAGGAGAGAGAUGGGAGAGAGACACGAAUGAAUGAGUCAGAUCGUGAAAGAGAGGAGAGGCGCGUGUAGGAGAAGAGUGUCAACGCGGAGGGCGAGGACGAGGCUGACAUGAGCGAACGUCUCGGCUCGGCGGGAGUCGCCUUAUGACGCUUGCACGUGUCACGUCGUCGCGUUAAUUGAAUUCUAACGCGACCAGACAGUCUCUCUCUCUCUCUGGUCGCUCGGUCGUUCGGCUCGUUCCACUUUUCCUCUCAUCUUUAAGCCUCCAAACUCUCGAUAACCAGCUCGAAAUUAUCUGACAGGUAUAUUUCUUCACUCUUUUUCCGCAAGUUUCCUCGGGAUGUGCGUAAUUCUGCUGCAACAGAGUAGACGUACUUUCAUCAGUUAAAAGUUUGACGUUUGAAGGUCGAAUCCAUUGAAGAUUGCAUAUCUGAACAUCCUCUGGAUGUCCUCAGAGGCUUCACAGCAGAGAUCAUUUAGAGGAUGUUUGGAUUAUCCUCUGAAUGUCUUUCGGAUAUGUGUGCUUAACAGCAGAGAACAUCCAGAGGAUGUUCGGACGUCCUCAGGAUAUCAUCUGAACGUCUUUAGGAUAUAUGUGCUUGAAGAUGUUUGAUAUUCUCAGAAUAUCCUCUGAAUGUCUUUCGGAUAUGUGUAUUUGAGGAUGUUCGGAUGUCCUCGGGAUAUCCUUUAAACUUCUUUCGGAUAUGAUGUGCUGUUGGGAAACCUUGAGGAUUAAGUUUCUUCAUCCGAAAUUAUAAAGGAUUACAAAAGAUUGGAGAGGUAGUGCAGGAAAGUAAGUUUCAUGAAUGCAGACGAGUAAUUUAAGGCGGACAAAUGCCUUCAAUUGUUACGUCGAGUUAAUAAAAUUCCGCGGCAAACAACGCGUCAUCGGCCGAGGAAUUCUUUGCCCGAGUAGACGGCAAUAACUCGAUCGAAGUAACUCCGAUGACGCUGGGUGUUGAUUAUGCCGGGUAUUUAGCACGGUAUCAAGUAGAUCAUCUUAUAUGGUAUAUAUAUAUACACCUUCUUCGCAUUUCUAAACGUGUCUAGUCUCUUUUCAUCACGUUCGUAAAAAUAUCCCUUUCUUCAUAAAAUAAAAAUUCAGUGUUGAAUUUACAGAAAAAAAGAGCCGAGUCAAAUUAUUUUACAGCAAAAUAUUCCUGUCAUCGUGUAAAAAAUAUAUGAGACGCUAUUAUUAUUUUAAGAACGUGAGCAGCAUUUGAAUGUUUGAUAAAGCAUUAUCUACAGUGACCAUAUCUUGCUAUACAUCCUGUAAGGAUGUCCUGUAUCACGAAAUACAGAAGAUAAAACCGUCAAUCACAGAUAUCGAGCAACUAUAUAUGUACUAUAAGAUUCUAAAAUGAGGAAAAAUGAUAGAUAAAUCGAUCGUACUUUCAUCACCGUCGUAGAUUCUUCCAAUGGAAAGUUUAAAACUCGUCCAAGUAACCGCAAUUUUUGCUCUGAAGUGACGGGAUGUCGCGAUACAUCAGCAACAUGGAAAUCGACAUUACAAACAUUAGCGACUUGUUACGGGAAGUGAUAGAGUUUCUGGAAUGCCUUCGCGACGUGCAGCUUUCUCUUACCCUGGAGAACCUACGGGAGAAGCUACUGACGCGUUCCAAGGACACGUUAAGCCUUACAAGGGUACCUCGAGGAUCCCCGGAACCUUAUCUGGAUAUGAACUCGGGUCUGAAGAGCCUGUUGCUGAGAAAGAACGAGACCGACACGGAGGAAUACGUAGGGAUGGAAGGGUCUAAGAGACAGAGUCAUCAUCAGGAUUACUACGAGACCUUCGAGAACGAGGCUCAAGGUGUCGCGAACGAUCGUUCAGAGCAGAACGACGACGAGACUGAGGAAGGUCGAAUGUUGCUCAGGAUCUACAAAAAGCUCUCGGCGGCGCAGAUCAGGAGCAAAUGCCACAAAUGCGGUCCGCUCUUCAAGAAAGAGGGAAAGAAGCUGUUCCUGCCGGAAGGUCGUACCUGCUGGGUCGCCCUCAUCGGCUCGCAUCUCCUCAUCUAUCGCAACGAACGGCACAAUCAGCCUCACGGAAUCCAUCCAAUUCGCGGAUACAUGGCCCGACCGGCGCCGAAUCUGAUCCCCCGCGAUCGACAGAAGAGCGAGUCCGCCUUUGAGAUAUACCGUCCGGGCAACGAGACCUUACGUUUCAUCGCAAGGACGCCCAAGGACAUGGAACAGUGGAUAGCGAAGAUCUGCGAGAUGGGUGGCAAUCCGGCUGCGAGGAGCGCGAAAGUCAAGUCUGAAGGUCGCGGGAAGAAGCGACGAACGAAUCCCGUCGUCAAAUCCUCGACAGAUAGAGACGCGAAAGAUUCGACCUUGGAUGACCUUGACAGCCCAAUAGCCAAGGACGAAUCGGCGAGCAACAAGGGCGAAGAGGUGCAAGAGCAAAAAAGGGAUUCAGGAGGAAAUCCGCCUCCCUUACCAGCCCGGAUUCCGCGAAGAUUGCCCUCUUUACCUCCCGACGACGCGAUAUCCUGCUACAAAGCGGUCAUUGAGGACGACGAGGACGAGGAUGACAUUUAUCACAAGAUCGAGGAUCUGAAAAACGGGACGUGUUAUCAGAAUAUGAUGCUAUCGAGGAAACAACGAGGCGAUAAGAAGCGCGAGACUGUCGUCGCCUACGACGACGUUCGCGCACCGGAGGAAGGUAAUAACGAAGGUCAGACGAGGGAGGAAGGCGACGCGAAACCGUCUGAGGAGACGUACGAUGAUAUCGCUUUGCGAAUUAACGCCACAGCGAACAGCGAAUGGCAGAACCAUGAUCCUCGUCCGGAUGGGGAAGAGAAACAGGAAGAGUUUUACGACGACGUGGAAAAUUUGCUUCAAAACGGGAAACUCACCAAAGAUCGUGCGAAGGAUCCGAGCAAGUCUCCGCAGAAGAAAUCCUUCCUCGAAAGAGUUCUGAGUAGAAAGGAAUCGCCCGGCAAAUCGGACAAGAGAUAUAAGGGUAAAACUUCGUCGAGUCCACCACCGUCCUCAACCAAGGAAGAGAUAUUAUCUAUUUACGACGACGCGUCCGAUGUAAUAGUGAAUCGCGAAUCUUUAGCGGACGAGGAGAAAGAAUUGUCGGAAUACAAUUGUCCUCCCCCGCCUAGGCCAGUUUAUACGAAGUCGACAAUCCCAAACGGUCAGGUCGAUCAAGCCGAAGACUUGUACGAUGACGUCAACGCCUGUCGAGAACAACACAAACAUCAACAAACGAGCUUGCAGUCGACGCAGAAGUCGGGUGUAAAAACGAGGGAAACUCCGGGUAACGGGAAGACGGAACAAAAAGUAGACAACGACCCUUCCCGGGAAGAGAUCGAGCACUAUCAGUCGCCGAGGAGCGACCUGUGCGUUCGCGAUUUUGCGGAGAAUCAGCAGGGGAACGAAGAAGACCUGUACGACGAUAUAGCGCUAUGGAAGGAUUUCACGGCGCGACUGAAGGACAUUAACGAGAAAAGGGACGAGGACGCUGCGACGAGGUCGACGAUCAGUUCCGAUAAGAGAUCGUGGAAUCGGAAAUUCGCCGCAAUUAACAGAAAGUCGCGAGGAAACGAUUCCAUUGAGACGAAUAAUAGACGAGGAGGUGCGAACGAGUGCGACGAGAUCGACGUCGAUUCCUCGGAAGGGAAUGGCGGGUUCAAGAGGAACACCUUCCAGAAGUUGAUCAGCAGAAUGGAAAACUCUCUCGCCAAAGUUUCCUCGAGGGGACAUCCGUCGUUCCCUCCGACCGACAAAUAAAAUCAACGGAAUUGAAAUAAGAGUGCGUGGAUCAAAUAAUUUAGAUCGGAGCUGACGUAAAUCGUGAUUCAGAAAAGAACGCAAGGAAAUGCUUUCUUAUAUAUAAAUUAGAUUAUUAUUAAUGAGAACGCGACAUGUACAAUUUCUCCUCUAAUUAAGAGAAAGUAACGAAAUAAGAUAAGAGAGAGAGAGAGAAGAGAUAUUAAAAUUGACGUAGAUCGCCUGAUCGAUAUACUCUGACUUUUUAGCAAUUAAAUGACGUGUGUUUGUGUAUGCUGUACUUUAUCAGACAAUAUAAAUUUGAUUAGUUGGUACAUUCGGUAUUAUAAUAGUUUAUAAGGCGACUUUUGUAUCAAAGUUUUUUAAAUUCGAAAAAUUUUUUUAUUUCUUUAAUAAAUUAUAUGUAAUUUAAAUAAUGAUAAUAGAACGGAGAAUAUCUUUCUGUGAAUAUUUGUUUUAAUUUUUCUUUCUGUGAUUUUUUAUAUAUUACUACCACCAAGUGUAUUUUAUUGUUACAU